AUGAAGAACAAAGGAAGUAAAAGUGGAGGAGGUAAUUGGUUGAGUCUAGGGUUGCCGUCGAUUUUCCUCCUGUGCCUUUUCUUCUUUCUCGCUGGAUUCUUUGGUUCUUCCCUUUUCUCUCAGCAGGAAGUCUCAAGUACUUUAAGGCCUCAACCACGGGGACUGGAGGUGGAGAAUAAUCAAGAGUUUGAUUUGUUACCACAUGGAAAGACAGGAGAGGCGUCUCUCACACGGAUUCCUUUUCAGAUUUUAAGCUGGAGUCCCCGGGCAUUAUACUUUCCAAAUUUCGCCACUGCAGAACAAUGCCAAGGCAUAAUCAAAAUAGCAAAGAAAGACCUCAAACCAUCAUCCUUAGCUCUACGCCCGGGAGAAACAGCAGAUAAUACAAAAGGAAUUAGGACAAGUUCUGGCACGUUUAUAAGCUCGUCUGAAGACAAAACUGGACUCCUGGAUCGGAUUGAGGCAAAAAUUGCUAAAGCAACAAUGAUCCCCAGGAAUCAUGGAGAGGCUUUCAACGUCUUGCGUUAUGAGAUUGGUCAGAGAUAUCAGUCUCAUUAUGAUGCGUUUAAUCCUGCUGAAUAUGGUCCUCAGAAGAGUCAAAGGGUUGCUUCUUUCUUGUUGUAUCUAUCGGAUGUUGAGGAAGGAGGAGAAACCAUGUUUCCUUUUGAGAAUGGGCUAAACAUGGAUGGCAAUUAUGAUUUCAGCAAAUGUAUUGGUCUAAGAGUAAAGCCACGCAGAGGGGAUGGACUUCUAUUCUACUCACUGUUCCCAAAUGGCACGAUUGAUCCGUUAUCUCUUCAUGGGAGCUGUCCGGUUAUCAAAGGGGAAAAAUGGGUAGCCACAAAGUGGAUCAGGAAUCAAGUGCAGGACGAAGAAGAUUAA